GUUUUGGUUAGGAUAGGCAGCCUCCAUAAAAGCAUAAACCCCCCGUCACUCCAACAAACGCCGUCCGAGGAAGUCAGCCUUGUGCAAUCUGCGCCCAAAUCCAGACCAAGAGGAAAGAAGAGGAAGGGGCAGAGCUAUAUAUGGGCAACUCCGGGAGCACAGCUCCUGCAAGCUUAGGAAAGACCCAUGUUCCACAUUUCAAAUGGAAGGUCCAUGACUUCUCAGCGCUACUUGAGAUGAAGGCUACCUCAGCGUUCUCUGCUGCUUUUGACUGCUCUGGAUACAAGUGGCUCCUGCAAGUGACUCCAAAGCACAAGCAAGAUGUUAAGGGAAAUCCAUACGUGGCUCUUUCUCUUAAGAUAGCCCACGCAUGCUUGGAGCUAGGUCACAUUGUGCAUGCAGUGUUCGAGUUGUCAAUAUUCAACCAUUCAAAAGAAAAGUAUUGUGGAUGCAAAGCUAGCUACAAUUUUGAUUUCAAGAAUGCCUACUCGGAGCAGCAUUGCUUGAUUCCUCUUCAAGAGCUACUGAAAUCAUCUGCUUUUCUAGUUGAUGAUAGCUGUGUCUUUGGUGUGAAGAUAUUAAAAAUUGAUGUCUCUUCUCCUGAAAAGAAAGCUGUUGUGGUUCAGAAGAAGGCUACCACAGUUCAGAAUCUAUUUGUCCAGAAGAAGGGGUUCAUUAAAGGGACAUACACUUGGACCAUGAACAAUUUCCUUGAAUUGGACUUGAAGCACUUCGUCCGUUCUCCUACAUUUGAAGUUGGCGGACAUAAAUGGUAUAUCGGCAUGUAUCCGCGUGGUGACAAGUACAGCACUGAUUGCCUCAGCUUGUACUUAUUCGUGGAUACCUCGGAUGAGGUACCUUCAGAGUCUGGGAAGGUGGUUGAAAUGACACUCUCCAUCUUGAACCAAAAGAAUGGGAAAUACUGGACUAGAACUUCAGGUCUCUGGGUAUGUGGACAUAGUUGGGGAUGGCCUAACUUCACUGGGCUCAAGAAACUCAAGGACCCGUCGGCAGGCUAUGUUGUGGGAUCCAGAUGCCUUGUUAAGGCAGAUCUCGCCAUCGUUGGUUCAUCCAAUGAUGUUACCUAAUGGCCUAAAGAAGAGAUAAUAUGUCUUCAUCCUAGCAGAUAGAGUUAUGUACUCCCUCCGUUCCAAAAUAAGUGUCUCAACUUUGUACUAAAGUUAGUACAAAGUUGAGACACUUAUUUUGGAACGGAGGGAGUAUAUGAGAUGGUGUUCUGGACUUGUUUGAUGUUCUUAUAUUCACAAGGAGUCAAGAAAUAAUUUCUAGGUAUAUUGUCUGUGAUAUUAUAUUUUUUAUAAGUA